GUGUCUCAGUAGUAGACCAACACAGUUUAAGGGGUAGUGUACGUGCGCUUCUCUAGUAUUUUGUGACUUGUUACUGUACUACAUCACAUAAGAGAAGUGUUGAUGUGACUUACCAUCUAAACCAGGAGGAUAAAUAUAUUUACCGCAUAAGGUGAACACUAGAAAUCAACAAGACCAUACCGUCUUUGGAUACCUUGCUAAUGUUGUGUUGAAUAACUUCAUGCUGUGACGGAUUAUCAACGUCUCUAAGAUACAACUGCUGCUGUUUCUUGCAGAGUGUACUGCUCCUGUGGGUGUGACAGCAGUUGUGUGGAACCAUGAUGAGGUUGCGUGGCGCCAGUGAGUGGUGUGUGGCAGGUGUGUGAAGGAGAGCACUAGGAAGGAAGAAGCCUACAGAGGAAGGAAGUCAUAGAGAGGCAGGCAGGAAGGAAGGAUGCGUCUCUUCCGUCGUCGCCACAGUGAUCCACGCCUGCUGGUGACUCCUUCUAAGGAUGCUGGUGGUAGUGGCGGACAGAAAGACAAGGCUGGUGAUUGCGCUGAUGCUCCUUCAGAGAGCAAGGGGCACACCAGGGCGCUACCGACGCCAGUAGCGGCGGUGCUGAAGAAGGUAGUGGUGACGAAAGGCGAGGAAGGCAAGGGCAAGAAAGGAACUUCUCGUUACCAGACUGUGACAGCUGUUCCCGCCAGAGUACUCGACCUGCCAACCUCUAACACCUCUCUUCCAUCUGCCACCACCACUAUAACUACCACCGCUGCUUCUUCCACUGCUACUACCACCACUUCUUCCGCAGCCACUACCACCACCGCCGCUUCCACUGCCACUACCACCACUGCAUCUUCCUCUGUCACUACCACCACCGCUUUCACAACUGCCGCUACUACUACUACUACUACUACUUCGUCGACUACCACAUCCGCCUCUACCACAGCCACACCCAAGACGCCAAAGAAAGGUCUAGCGACGUGGGGUAGACGUGUCGGAAAGAAACUUGAGCAGCUCACUCGUACACCUAGCAAAGAAAAGGUCAGCUCUGGCAGGUUCUCCAGGUCCAACUCUACCAGGUCAACUAGCUCGACCAGUACGUCACCGUCGUCGCCGUUACCAGGACUGUCAUGGGGAAGAAGGUCGGUGCCAGGGACACCUUCCCCGGAGAGUCGCAGUGCAGAAGGUCGCCUCCUGUACCGCUCAUGCUCAGCCUCACAGCUGGGCACUUAUGUGGCUGCCGAAGAUCCCGCAGCUGGUCUGGACCUCACUCGCACCAGCCCCUCCCAGACCACCGCUGUCUACGUACCCACCAAGACGGUCAGCUGUGAGAAUAUCUCGUCCUUGGGGGGCACGAGGGCAUCCUUCCCUCAUGCCUUCCUCCGCUCCCGUCCCCCGGCAACCCCACAGAAGCAGCUUCAGGAGCCCCUCAUCCAGGCCCCUACAGACACCCCGACUCGUCCCGCUAGCAGACGGAUGACGACGCUGCGGGAUUCUGUGUGUGAUGAAGAUACGAGAGAAUUAAUACGGCAGAAAUUGCGAGCAGUAUCGGAAGAGAACUGCGCUGUUAACCCUGCUCAUCGAGGGAUCAGUGGCUUCAAGCUAAGACUCCACCCGAUCCCCACACCUCUCCAGCCUCGAACUCGCUCCUAUUCAGCAACGGCUAUCACGGAGCAAGACAUAAUUUUUUCUCCAAUUCAAAAGGAAAUGCAAAACCCGUGUCCGCCUCAGAGGCCCCAUAGAUACCGGAGUCGCAGUGAACAGAGGUCUGCGGCCGUGUACCUCAGUAGCAACGAGAGUGGUUACGAGAGUGACGGUGGCGGUGGUCGCCACGAGUCUCCCAAAACUAAGGUGAAGAAGACUGAGAGUGAUGCAGACUCCGGUGUCAGCACGGAGAGCCAUUCCGAGACCAACUCAGACUCGGGCUCCCUCACGGGAGCCGACCAUCCAGCCUUCGACCAUUACUCUAAACUAGACAAUUAUGCCAGACUAGAAAAAUAUGUUAAACCUGAUAACUAUCCUAAUGUUAACUACACCAAACCUGAUAAUUAUCCUAAUCUCCAUAAUUACAAUAAGCCUGGUAAUUAUCCUAAUCUCGAUAAUUACUCCAAACCCGACUAUUCCAAAUUGGAUGGGUUCGCUAAGCUAGACGACAUACCGAACGCUGAAUUACGGAGCAAACCCAGUAACCAGAACGACCCUGGCAUGACCACACCCAGGUAUAACGACAACUACACCGACUGUUGCAGACCCUCUCGUUACACCCGCCACCAGGCUGCAUCACAGACCAGACCGCCCGUAUAUAAUCUGACAGACGAGGAGAAACUGGUACCAGUUCGUCCCCAGCGGGGUCCUAGGCGACUUUCGGACCCUCAGGACUUGAUCAUUCGCCGCCAGAGAUUCUUAGCAUCCCAGCUGGAACGGCGUACGUCACCACUGAGCCCACUGCGAGGUGCCCUCAGCGUGUUCAGGGAGGACGGGGAGGCUGGGUGCCCGUGGUGGGAAGGCAACACUCCCCUGCGGGGACACUUGCGAAGUACAUCGCUCUGCAGGCCAGUGGAGUCGUACUCGUCAGCGCCGCUGUCGUUACCGGUGUCACUCUCGCACUCGCCCACGCCGCGCACUUUCCGGCUCAUGAGACUGGUGAAGGACCACACGGGGGAGCUGGGUAUCUACAUCACCGCUCGCAGGAACUCCCGCGGCGCCACCACCGGUUACGUCAUCGCUCACAUAGAGAAAAACGGCCUAACAGACAGGGACGGUCGCUUCCGUGUUGGUGACGAGAUCAUUAAUGUAAACGGUCGGCGCCUGCGUGGUGUGACGUUGGACGAGGCUCGCCACAUCCUGCGCAGCACGCCUAAGGAAGUGGACAUCGUCAUUGCCAGGGAGGUGGACGUUCAUCACCACCGCGAGUACAACGCCACCUACCACGCAUCAGAUGAUAAAACUGCGGAGGCUGAGGCUGCUCAGCGGCUGAGCGCAGCUUGUGGUGAGCUCUAUGCCGCCGAUAGAGCCUUCAGGAACGAACUUUUGAGCGCCGAUGAAGCUCUUGGAGUGAGGCGAGAACACCUGGAUACUUAUAGUGAACGAAGUCUCCCACGCAGAAGGGGAUCUUACUCUGAUUACGAUGAUUAUGCGGACUACACCACUUUGGCACCGCUGGAGUCUUACCUGCCGGGCUACGACCCCUCGAGAGCUACAGUAUCAGUGUCAGGCACUGUAUCUGUUUCAGUGCCUAUUUCGGAAAGCCCGGCAUCUCUACCUUCCAACAUCCCAACACUGCAGUCGUCUCCUGCCACCGUAUCUUCGUCAGAGCACACCCAUACUACUUACUACGAUAUAUACGUGAAUAGAAAAGGUAAUCUGUCUCGCUAUGUUAACGGUGAGCCCAGAUAUUCUUCUUCCCACGAUGUAAGAAAUUCAAAUGAUGUGAGAUACUCCUCGGCUAGUGACGUAAGACUUUGCGGUGAUAAAGCUUUUCUCAGUGAUAUAUACAAGUCCAAGCUCAUACACGUAGAACCUGAGGACUCUCACGAGUGGGAUGGUAAACACACUAGCAUGAUCCCGAGGCUGGAAACGACGCCACAGAAACAGGUGUUGAUAGAGACAGCUUCAACCCCCUCCACCCCCUGCAGAAAGUCUCCCCACUCCAGCAGAAAAUGUCCGCCAGUCGCCCAAAGACUCUCCUGUCCGCCAGGAUCCAUCAAACUUCCCAAUCCCUCGAGGUCGGAGCCUCGAGGUCUUAGUUCCACACUGCCGCGACGCCCCAAGUCUCUCUCGAUGUCGGUACAGACAGUGGCCUUCGAGAAAGGACGCGGCAGGAAGUCUCUUGGGUUUUCUAUUGUAGGUGGGCGGGAUUCACCGAAGGGCAGUAUGGGAAUAUUCGUGAAGACCAUCUUCCCCAACGGUCAAGCUGCCGAGGAGAACAAACUCAAGAACGGUGAUGAAAUUCUUGCAGUGAAUGGCAAGACACUCUCCGGGUUGAGUCACGCCGAGGCCAUCGCUGUCUUCAAGUCCAUCCGGGCGGGCAAGGUGAUCAUGCACGUGGGCCGCAGGACCUCCUCUAGCACCAGAUCUAACAAGUCAAAAUCUUGUGAUGAGUUGGACAAAAUGGACUAGGAGAAACGCACUAGCAGUCUCUACAACUUCCUCGUUGUGGAUUUCAACAAGGAGGCUUCCAGCACCUUGGACCCAGAUUCUGCCUGUUCUGACAUAUUUACACGUGGUUGACACGAACAUAGUGUGGUCCACAAGCUGUGGUAACGAACUUAGUGUGGUCCACAACUAUGGUGGUAAAGUGUGGCUCACAAGUGGUAGUGAACAUAAUGUGGUCCAUAAGCUGUGGUGGUGCACAUAUUAUGGCCCAUAAGCUGUGGUAGUGAACAUAUCAUGGUCUACAAGCUUUGACGGUGAACAUUGUAUAACCCAGAAGCUGUGGUGUUGAACAUAGAACCAUCCACUGUAUACGAGCAUUUAAUAAUUUUGUGGUUAAGAGGGAUGAAUCGCUGCAGAAGGAAACAGUAUUAUAAAUUGUAGAACUAAAAUAUAGCGUUGGUUGUUAAUUUGAAAAGAAAGCAGUAUCAGUGUAACACUGGAUUCUGCUGCCAGACUUGGUAGACUACCUCACCUGAACGACAUCCCCAAAACAAGAAAGAUAGGUUAACCAGCCGUUAACUACGUAUACAAUAACCUCACAAAGCAUAGAAGUUAAACAUGUUUUGUUAACACAAUGAAGUUUAUAACUGAGUUGCAACAGUCAUUGGAUGAAGAUGAGAGAUUGCUUACUGGGUUUAUAACUGCCACUAGUUGAAGAUAACGUUACUAACGAUGUCCUAAAAGCCUCAUCAUCACAGCAAGAGUCAUAAACUUGAAUGAAGUUUAUGAUGAUUGUACUUUAGGAAGUGUUGAGGUAUAUUUAAUGAAUUGUUUAGGCAAUAAACUAAGAAAAACUGCCCACUGGAUUCGUAUUUAACAAGACGCAGUGAAGGUCCCGUCUCUUAAGUAGAUACACCAGAGGAAAUUUAAGUUGUAUGAAUUUUAUGGUAUUUACCAACCAACUGUAGAUACUUGUGGUUAAAUUAUUGUAGAAAUGUAAAUGGCUCAGCCGUUGUUAUAGAUGUCUAGGGAGUCACCGAGGCAUUUCUUAAAAAAUUGAGUAAAAAGCUUCAACAGCCUCGGUUUUCGUGCUGUAUACAAAAUUGAUCACACGAAAGGCUAUCCAUUAUGUAUUAGUCUUCGGUGAGUUCCUUUCUCUGUCUUUCAGAGGAUAUAAACGUGCAUUAAUUUUAUGUGGUCUCAUUUUUUUUAUAUUAUGGUAGUUUUUUUCGGCAGCUGCUGUCAGUACAAUGUUUUGCUACUUAAAUCGUUUUUUAAACUCUUAGUGCACAUACACAUGUACAAACACCCGCACGUUUACACAGUCUUCUAUAUACUUUCCUUCUUUGAUUUGUUUACUCAGUUUUGGUUCUAGUCUUCAUUUUUUAUGGACUGUUUUAAUUAUAUAAAAUAAAAAAUUAAUGUUGAGCCUCGA